AUGGUGACGUCAAAUGGGACUCGUGCGAAGCCGUACGAAGCCAAGCCAAAGGGCUUUGAUCUGCGAGCCAUCAUACGGCCCAACAUACUCGAGCUGCAGCCUUAUCGAUGCGCCAGAGACGAUUAUUCGUCUGGUGUCCUGCUCGAUGCCAAUGAGAACUCGCUAGGGUCUGCCUUGCCCCGUCCAUCGGGCUCCUAUGCACCGCUAGACGCCGAUUCGAGCGACGGCAUGGGAAAUUUGCAUCGCUAUCCCGAUCCUCAACAGAAUGAGAUCAAGGCGAGGAUAGCAAAGCUCAGGGGACUCAGAGACGAGAUUGGCGCCGCGGGCAUCUUCCUAGGCGUAGGAUCAGACGAAGUCAUUGAUAUGCUCAUGCGAGUGACUUGCUAUCCGGGCAAAGAUAGCAUUCUCAUCACGCCGCCGACUUACGGGAUGUAUUCGGUCUGCGCGAAAGUCAAUGACGUAGCACUUGUAAAGGUCCCUCUGGAUGAUACUUUCGUACCUCGACUAGACGAGAUCAACGCUGCACUGACACCUGCCGUCAAACUCGUCUUUCUCACCUCGCCGGGCAAUCCAACAGGUACUUUGAUACCGCUGCAAGCUGUGCGCCAGCUGCUUGAUCAUCCUACUUGGCAUGGUCUUGUCGUGCUUGAUGAGGCCUAUAUCGAUUUUGCCGAACCAGAAGCGAGCGGUGUCACGCUGCUGAACGAAGGCUACCAGAACUUGGUCGUCAUGCAGACGCUCAGCAAAGGCUUCGGUCUGGCCGGCAUCAGACUGGGAUGCUGCAUCUCCUCGCGCGACUUUGCGCAGAUCUUGUUCAAUACCAAAGCGCCCUAUAACAUCUCGACGCCGACUGCGCAGCUUGCCUUGCAAGCACUAGAGCCCGCCGCGAUCGAACUCACCCAGCGCAAUCUUGCCCAGCUGAUCAAGGCUCGAUCCCAACUCAUCACGGAGCUCAUCCAAUUGGACGGCAUCGGCAAAGUACGAGGAGCGAACCACGCAAAUUUCAUCCUCAUCGAGAUUCUUAAUGCGACCUCACGCAAGCCAGAUAAUGCCCGCGCAGUGCUCGUCUACAAAACCUUGGCAGAAGACAAGGGCGUCGUUGUGCGCUUCAGAGGUACCGAGCCUGGUUGCGAGGGCUGCGUGCGCAUCACGGUCGGCUCACCGAGCGAGUGUAAGACCUUGCUGCGCGAGAUGAAGCUCGUCCUUGCGACGUCAUAA